AUGAGCAGACUCGCAUCUCUACCGCGCACAUUAUUUGCGAAUAGAGUAUCACGGUUAUCUUUCGCUGGGAAAGAAAGAAAUCGAGUGAGGAGAGAUAGGACGAUGGCAUUUUCUCCGUCAGCGGAAAGUCUUCCAUCCCCGUCAUGGAAGAAUGAUAAAAGCGCAGCAGCUCUAGUGCGUGGAUUGAGAGAGGCUGUGGAAUCAUGCAACGAUGUGACGGAAGAGGAUUUAUCUUCGAACAAGUUUAUUGAUUUACUAGUGAGCGGUUCGCACGUCGGUCACGUGCGACCCGACUUUGCAGAGGCGCUUGUAAAACACGGCAAAUUGGAAGCAGCGGACGGAUACGCUUUAUUUAGCAAAAGUGAGAAGGGCGUUGUUUGCUUCGAUAGUGAGAAUAGAUACGCAAGCUCUGAGGAAAAGACACGCGUAGUUGCUGAAGUAUUUGAAAAGAUGAGAGAACUUUCUUUGAUUCCUGGCUGGAGGAGUGAAAUGUUCCCAGUCGUUUCGGAUGAAGGUGAUGUGUGCAUGAACGUCGAGCGUGCCUCGGCAUCGUUAUUAGGUAUAAAAGCGUUCGGCGUACAUGUAAAUGGGUACGUCAAUAGUAAUAGUAGUGGUAAUAGUGAAUCAAAAGUAUUGCUUUGGGUCGGGACGAGGUCAAAAGAUAAACAGACGUUCCCUGGCAUGCUUGAUCAUUUGAGUGCGGGUGGGUUACCCGCCGGGAUGGCUCCGACAAUAUGCGCGGUAAAAGAGCUCGCUGAAGAAGCUGGGGUUCCCGAAAAAUACUCGGAGGAAAAUGUCAAAUCGGUUUCGUGCGUCUCGUAUCGCAUGUUUUACAAAGAGUGCGUGAAAAGGGACGUAUUAUUCUGUUACGAUUUGGAACUAGGCGAAUCAUUCGUUCCGAAGCCCGUUGAUGGUGAGGUCGAGUCGUUUGAAUUACUUCCGCUUGAGCGAGUGUGCGAAAUCAUCGCGUUUGAACCAGGGCGAUUCAAACCGAACUGUGUUCUCGUCAUUAUUGAUUUCGCGAUUCGGAAAGGAAUAGUAACGUGCGACAUGCCCGGGUUCCCAGAGUUAGUUAAAGCGUUGCGUCGAUGA